AUGGAUGAGGAACAAGUUACAAAAGAUAUUCUGGACGCAAAAGUUCAACUUGAAGUACCAGAUACAUAUGCAGUUUCAUUAACAAAUCCUUUAUCUUAUUUUCGUUUUCGUAUUGUUCCUAAUCUAGAAUUAAAUGGAUUCGAUAGAUCUUUAGGUUCAUUGCAAAUUCACCCAGAAUGUGAUCAUUUUAUUGAAUGUGCUCUUAGUACAAAUGAUUUUGAAAUGUUUGAACAAAUAUUAUGGCUUAUUAAAGAUGAAAAUAAUCUAUAUACAAGAAGAGCAUUGAUUAAAAAAUAUAUUCGAGUGUGUUGUUGUGUAACAGAUGACGCAGUUAAUAAUUCUGUUGAUCAUCUUCUUACCUAUCUUCAUCAAAAUUUUGAAAAUACAUGGCAAUUUGAUAUAGGGCUUUUGUUUGAUCUUUUACAUGAUGCGGGUGCUAAUGUUGAAAAAUUGAUUACUCUAUUAGAAGAUGUAAAGAUAACGGAAAUACUAAAUGAUGUUCAAUUGAAAUCCAAACUUAAUUAUGAUGAUCAAACGAUCAGUAAAGCGUCGACAAAUCAAAUAUUAAAUUCUAUAAAGCGUGUUUUUCGAAUUGUUCUAUCGUUGGCAUUUUUUCAAGUAGAAAGACUAAAUUCAACGUUAUCAAAUGAUAAUCAUCUGUUUCUAUUUUUACUUGGAUUUUAUCUUCAACUUGAUAAACGUUUUCAAGAUUUAGAUAUUAUUCAUUUAGCAAGACGUUUAAUGGUCAAUGGACUGUCUUCAUUGACAUCAACAUAUUGGAAUGAAAAACGUGAUUUGCUUGUUGAAUGUUUAUAUACUUUAUCAUCGAAAAAUAUUUAUAUUAUUGAACUCUUCCUUAAAACCAAUGAACGUACUGUUCGAGUUCGUACUCAACUUGGAUUGUUGCAUUUAAAACGAUUAGUUAAUAUGAUUGAACAUGAGAGAAAAAGCGAAGCAACGAUCAUUGGUGAAAUAAUUGCAGAUAAACUAAAUCCACGUCUAUUCGAAAGGCAAACGGAUUUCAUUGAUUGCGUACGAUUACUCGGAGAUAUUAUUGAUAGUUAUCCACAUAGCCAACAAAUAGAUUAUUUAGCAAAGCUCUACGAUAAAAUUCAUCCAUAUUCAAGAGCAGGUCAUGAAAAACUAUUUACACAUGAACAACAUUUAAUUCUUUUUGAUGAUUGCCAACGAUGGGCAACAAUGCUUAGAUCCUGUCCGAAUGAAAAUGAUUUUCAAAAGCAUCUUAAACCAAAAUAA